AUGGACAAGAACACGAUCACAGCACCACCAACACCUCAAGUGUCAGAAAUACACACCACUCAAGCACCAUCGCUUUCUUUUUCUCAAGACAGCUCUUUCACUAAUGUUCCACCUGACACCAUACUUGUCAACUACAACAGUAAUCAAGAAAAACCAGUUUUACUUCGAGCUGGUCUAGCCACAAAACCUCGUCUUCUGCUCAUGACUUCUGUGGGUGGCUUUUGGGGAUUUAGUAUGGGUGCUUUUUUGGGAGCACGUCAGUCUGGUCUCCAGUACUUGGCAGAGAACGCACACAAGUUACCUACAACAGUACAAGGAUGGUACUUUUAUCACAAGACAAAGAAUUAUAGAAUGAUGUUGGGAGGUAUUAAACGAGGCAUUCGAUUUGCUGGCAAAACAGGUGGGCUUUGCUUGUUAUACGGAGGAAUUGAAUCUGCAUUGGAUGAUGUACGUGGGGAGCCAGACGUGUUAAAUUCAGUGGUUGCUGGUGUGACCACAGGCACCAUUUUCUCUGUCCUAACAAGGUUGUCAAGAGGAUCAUUUCGCUAUUCCAUGAUGUUUGGUGCUGUAUUUGGUUUAGCAGCCGGUGGUCUUUCUGAUUUACAUCGAUAUGCGUCUGGAGACACACCUUCUUAUGGCCAUUCCUUGGGAUCAUGGAUAAGAAAAGACACCAUUGACAACAAAUAA